AUGGCCAUAAUUGGCGUGAUAUUAUUGCCCAAACCAAAUCGAUUGGUUGGGUCAACUAACAGGAUUUCCACAUUUAUUAGGUUGAUGAGUACGGAGCCAAAUAAAGGGAAGUACGGGGCCCCAACAGCAGACCAGAUAAGGGCAGCAGUGGAAAAAAAGAGAGAUGCCCAAAAGAGGAAAAAGAUAUUACUGAAUAUGUCAAUUAGAGACGUGUUGUCAUCAUUUACAGGCGAAGGUGAUUUAGAGGAGGAGGACUUCGACCUCAAAAAGUUCGACCCUGCACCAUAUUAUGUUAAUCCGGCGGCAUUCAAGAAGCUUCCGUAUUACCAUCGGCAUUUCAUGGGUGAGCAGGUGAAGGAAUUGCAAAAGCGAAGCUGGAAAUUGUUGUCUAUAGAUCAAAAGAGAUUUUGCUACUGGUUGGCCUACGGGUCUUUCGGGCCAAGGGAGGGAUUUCCAAACUUGUAUGACUACUACAGUGUGUCUGGAAAGGGUGGCUUGAAUGAGAUAGCACCAUCUGAUGGGUUAGCAGGGCCGGAUAAUGAUAAAAACAAGGAAAUUUCGCAAAAUAUGCCACCCAAAGCACAACAAGCAGAUGAAUUAACAGAAAUCAUCCAGCAAGUAGGUGAAAGGACCGGUAAACCGGAGCAGGAAAGACAGGCGUUUGUGCUCCAGCAUUCUGGGGAUAAGAUAAAGAAAAGAGACACGGUUUUGGCCCGCAAUGCAAGGAAAUUGGAUCCUGCAGAUAUGAUGAAUCGUAAAGCCGGUAUUCCACCUGAUCUACCUUUUAGAUAUCCGUCUGUGUUAAAAACGGCCAGGCCAACCGCUGAAACACCCAUAAGACGACUCCCAGAGUUGGAUGCUCGCUCUUUCGGGUUCAAACGUCUCAAGCAGUAUCAACAAGAUCGCAGAAUGAACCCAUAUAACAGAAUUUUGAUAGCGGUGCUUACCAUACUUACUGUGCUUGCUUUCCGCCAUGACAGAAAGGUGAAUCUUACAGGAAGCGUUCCCGUGAAUGGCUGGGAGGAGGAGCAACGGCAGAUUAAGGAGUAUGAGGAGCAGACAGCAGCGAAAAAAGAGAAUGAGAGAUUAAGCAAGCUGUUGGAUGAAUCUCUUGAAAUAUCACAAAGCAAGGAAACUGGAAGUGGCAGGAAAUGGUACUAUCUAUGGUUAGCAUAA